CGCACCUGAUUGACUUUUCAGGCUUCCUCCAUGCGUGAAGUCCACGGUCAUGGUCUGCCACCCGUAGAAGAUAGCAAAGGCGGGACCAGGACGUGCGGCAGGACUUGGACCCAUCGAGAAGUCAUGGCGUAUGAUGGCCAAGAACGUCCAAAAUUCCGUGGGCGCCCCUUGCUGCUUCCUCUGCUCCUUCCUGUUCAAAGAGGCACGCAGGUGAGCUGUAGAAGCGACACCAGCGGGAAACAGUCCACGCUGCUUGGAGGACAACAGGUUCAGCGGAUGAAACCUUGGGAGGUUCUCUUGGACCAUUUGGACGAGCGCCCCCCGCCGCCACUGGGAGUACUGCGUUGCAUCGAAGGACAUAAAGGUCCCGGCAAGCAGAGCUCUCUGGCCUUCUUCCAAACACGACCGGCUGACCUGCGGGCUCCCCUGCGGGCUUCAUGCGGCACGGUGCGAGGCUUGCUGCCGUUGGAGCUCAGAGAUUUGCAGAACGGCCAAGCCGUCGGUAGCGUUCUUCUCGGUCCUGACGGGGAAAUUAUUCAACUUUCAUUGUUCGAUCAUUACCAGGAGCGACCACAGGGCGGCGCCAACUCAGAAGAGCGAGUCCUGCAAGUGUUGUCUGGAGAUGGUGAGACAUUGCCUUGCGUCGUCAUGCUGCGGCACGAGCACACUGGUGUGGAUCUGAAGUCAGAAGACUGUUCCGGCGAGGAGUAUUGUCACGACGCUAACGCUAGUUUAGAUCUUCACAAGUCGGCAUCGUGGGUUGCGAGACGACCCGACACGACUGCACAGAGCGCACAGUCGGCGGAAGAAACGUGGAGCGAGGACCAAAACAACGCUGGAACAUCUUCGCCUGAGGAACGACUGGAGGAGUCACUAGGGGGCAGCACUAAGAAGGAACACCUGACCUCAUCAAGACCGUUUGGAUGUGACGUUAAUAGUACUACCUCCAGCCAGCGGAGUGCUAGUGAGACACCAGGAAAGGAGGAAGCCGUGGGACUAAGGAAGAACGCAGAGAGGAAAACCAGCUUGGAAGCUGCAGUGACAUCAGGGGAAAAAGAGGAGGAAACAGCCAGGGCAGAAGAAGAAGGACACAAUCAACCCAGGAAGAAGAAAGAUGGACAUUCGAUGAAGCCAGAGAAAGAAAAACAUGACGCUCACCCUAAGGGUGACGACGGGAACGAGAAGUACGCCCGGGAACCUUCUACUCCACAUCCUCCUCUGCAGAAGAAGAAGAGCCGUGAAUGGGAAGCAGCCAGCAGAGAGACAAGGAAAACAAAGGAGAAAAAAGGGAAGAUGAUUCAGAAGGAAGAGUCCACUGGAAGACGAAGACGGAAGGCAAAGCUCCAACUCAAACAACUGGAAUCUCGUGCUAGCGUUCCCUCACAUGAAGAACAAGUUGAAGGUCCGGAGAAAGAGGAAGUGACAACCAAGCAAGAAACCAAAGAAGAUCCUUACUUAAAAUCACCUGGAAGUCCUUCUGAAAAACCAGAAGUGAAAACGGAAUCCUUGGUCGAAGAAGAAGACCCGAAUGGUCAGUCCGGGGGAAACCCACGCAGCAGCGGUGGUGUCCUCAGGUCGCCUCCAUCUUCAUCCUUGGGCCGCCAUGCCAGGGGCUCGCUGAGGUCUUCCUGUGAGGGGAGCGUGGGGGGGCUCACGUCUUCUCACGGGGGCCUGUCAUCGUCGUGCUCUACCGUCAUGGCCACGGACGAGCAACUGAUGUUAAACCUGGUGAAGACGGAGGCCUCCAGAAGGAACCAGGAGCAGGAAGAGGAGGCCUGUCGUUUGGCCGACAAGGCUGAGGGACGGAAACGAGAGGCGGAGAGGAGGGCUAGGGAGCGAAAGGAGGAAGAGAGGAAGCAGCAGGAAGAGAGGAAGCAGCAGGAGGAGAGGAAUCGAACGCAAGACAGGAUGAGGGGGGAGCUGGAGGACGAGAGGAGGAAGAGGGCGGAAAAUCUCAGACUAAGGAGGCUGGCAGAGGAGGAGGAGAGGAAGCGUGGCAAGGAGGAGGAGCAACAACGAGGCAGGCGGGAGGAAGCGGAGCGACAGAGGAUGAGGAGGCAGCAGGAGGAGCGCAGGCGGCAGAUGGAGCAAUUGCAGAAGAUGAGAGAGGAGGAGGAAGAAAAGAGGAAAGUCCUCACCUCAAAUACAAUGGUCCCGGCGGAGAAGGAGCGCUCGCACCUGCAGGAGGCGGGCGACAGCAGGAGAGCAGAGUGUCAGAGGAACGAGGAACAGGAGCCCCAGAAGGACGACGAAACCUGGAAGGCCAAAGAGGCGUCCAGGCUGGAGGCAGAGCUACUUGCCAGGGAGGUGGCGCUGUUGCAGCAGCAGAUGGCCUUCAAAAGGAGUGUGGCGGUAGAGACUGAGAGAAUGCAACACAGCCAGGACAUCUCCAGGCCUUGGGUCUACUCCUACUUCACCUUGCUGCAGCUGGUGGACCUCGACCCGGCCCACACUGACACCUCCUGAGAUAGCAGCACUUGUUAUGACCUUUACAUAAAAUCAAUCAGUUUGGAGGAGAAAGUAUGAAAGUUGAUUUAGGUCUUUGUUACAAAAAAAUGUAUGUUGCCGCAAAUCUUGCGAACUGAAUUUUUUACAUCAAAAUUUGUGUGUAGAAAUCCAGUGCCAAAAUGUUUGCACCUUCAAAACUCACCUCAUGAGCUGGUUCUGAGACAGCAUCCUUUGCUUCAGAGCAGUUUUUAAUAUAGUUUUAGUCAGUCCGUUGACUAAAAUGUAUUUUAGUUUAGGUCGUAUUUUAGUCAUUUAUAUUGAUUUAGUUUUAGUUGACUAGUUUCCUUAUAAUUUAAAUGUUUAAUUACAGUACUGUACAGUAAUUACAAAAUGUUUUGUCAAAUAUAGUGCACUUUAAUCGAUGUCCUUGGCACACUUUUCAGUUAAUUGAACAACUUGAAAAGCCAAAAGACCAGAUUUAUCAUAUUUCAAACUAACACACAAAAUGCAUGCAUAUAUAUAUAUA